UCAUGGCGGCAUGGCAGAAUAUGCUUGAAGUGAAAAAAUAACCAACCCCCACUGCCGUCCUUCGCUAGCUGCUAUUGGAUUUUUAGGUUGAACAUUAUCAAGAACAGACACAAUUUACUUGGGAUCAGCACGACCGAUUCGCCCUGCCAUGGCGGCACACAAGCCCGUGGAAUGGGUCCAGGCCAUUAUAAAUAAAUUUGAUGAGCAGCUUCCGAUCAAAACAGGACAACAGAGCACCCAUUCCAAAGUCAACACAGAGCACAACAAGGAAUGCCUUAUCAACAUCUCCAAGUACAAGUUCACCCUUGUCAUCAGUGGCCUAACUAACAUAUUAAAAAAUGUGAACAAUAUGCGGAUCUUUGGAGAAACGGCGGAGAAGAACCUUUACCUCUCCCAGCUCAUCAUCCUGGACACGCUGGAGAAGUGCCUGGCAGGGCAACCCAAGGACUGCCUGCGUCUGGAUGAGGCCAUGCUGGUGAAACAGCUGCUGCCCGAGAUCUGCCACUUCAUCCACACGUACCGCGAGGGCCACCAGUACGCCGCCGACCUGCGCGCCUCCGCCUCCGGAGUCCUCUUCUCCCUCAGCUGCAACAACUUCAACGCCGUCUUCAGCCGCAUCUCAACCAGAAUGCAGGAACUUACUGUAUGCUCAGAAGACACUGUGGAUGUCCAUGACAUCGAACUCAUUCAGUACAUCAAUGUGGACUGUGCCAAGUUAAAAAGACUGCUACAAGAGACUGUAUUCAAAUUCAAGACUUUGACGAAGAAACCGGCCCAGCUUUCUGUUAUCAACAGUUUAGAGAAGGCGUUCUGGAACUGGGUGGAUUAUUACCCAGAUGAGUUCACCAUGCUGUACCAGCGGCCACAGACAGACAUGGCAGACUGUGCAGAGAAGCUGUUUGACCUGGUGGACAGUUUUGCGGAGAGUGCCAAGCGUAAGGCCGCUGUGUGGCCGCUGCAGAUCAUCCUGCUCAUCCUCUGUCCAGAGAUCAUCCAGAGCAUCACCAAAGAGGCCGUGGACGACAGCAAGGCCAACAAGAAGCUGUUCCUGGAUAACUUGCGUAAGGCCUUGACUGGCCAUGGUACCAGUAAACAGCUGACCGAGAGUGCAGCCAUUGCCUGCGUGAAGCUCUGCAAGGCUUCCACCUACAUCAACUGGGAGGACAAUUCUGUCAUCUUCCUCCUGGUUCAGUCCAUAGUCAUGGACCUCAAGGCCUUACUCUUUAACCCAGCCAAGCCCUUCUCGCGGGGGACAGGCAGUCAGAGUGCAGAUGUGGACCUCAUGAUUGACUGCUUUGUCUCCUGCUUCCGCAUCAACCCCCAUAACAACCAGCACUUCAAGGUCUGCCUAGCCUCCUCCUCCCCUCAGACCUUCCACUUUGUCCUGGUCAACUCUCUGCACAGAAUCAUCACCAAUUCUCAUCUGGACUGGUGGCCUAAGAUUGACGCCGUGUACUUCUACUCGGGGGAGCUGCGCGCCAUGUUUGCAGAGACGCUGGCCCGAGUAAUGCAGGGGGCCAGUGCACAUGCUCCCUUACGCAUGACAACGAGCCAAACUUUCAAAGAGAAGAUGACUACAAGCCUUAAGUUCAAAGACAAGUCCACAGACCUGGACUCCCGCUGUCUGCUGCUGGCCCUGGUCAAGCUUAUCCACGCUGACCCCAAACUCAUGCUGCACAACCCAGGGAAGCACGGCCAGGAGAUCCAGAGCAGCACGGCGGAGCUCAUCAUUGGGCUGGUGCAGCUGGUGCCCUACACCAACUCCGCCGAGAUCUCCCCAGAGGCCAUGGAGGCGUUGUUAGUGUUGCACCAGCCUGAAACCAUUGACUUGUGGAACCCCGACGCCCCCAUUGAGGCAUUCUGGGACAUCAGCUCCCAGAUUCUCUGCUUCAUCUGUAAGAAGCUUAUCGGUCAUCAAAUGAUCAACAGCACAGAGAUCCUGAAAUGGCUACGGGAGAUUCUCAUCUGCAGGAACAAGUUUCUCCUGAGGAACAAGGAGAGUGCCACGGUAGGCAGCGGUAACUCCUCGUGUAAGGAGGCGCAGACCAAGCUGGAGGUGUGCCUCUACACGUUCCUCUGGAGCCAGGACAUGGAGGCGGUGCUGGUGGCCAUGUCCUGCUUCCGCCACCUGUGCGAGGAGGCCGACAUCCGCUGUGGGGUGGACGAGGUGCCGGUGCAGACCAUCCUGCCCAACUACCACACCUUCAUGGAGUUCGCCUCGGUCAGCAACAUGAUGGCCACAGGCCGUUCUGCCCUGCAGAAAAGAGUAAUGGCUCUGCUCCGCAGAAUAGAACAUCCUACCGCUGGCAAUACUGAGGCCUGGGAAGAUACUUAUGCAAAAUGGGAUCAAGCAACAAAGCAUAUUCUCAAUCAUCCAAAAAACAAGGUGGAAGAUGGACAGGAGUGGAUCAACAUGACUGGAUUCCUGUGUGCCUUGGGUGGGGUGUGCCUCCAGCGGCGCAACACGCCCGCCCCGGGCACCUACAGCCCCCCCAUGGGCCCGCUGAGCGAGCGCAAGGGCUCCAUGAUCUCCAUGGGCUCGUGCGAGGUGAGCAGCGAGUCGUCGCUGGGCCGCUUCCUGGACCGGCUGCUGUCGCUGAUGGUGUGCAACCACGAGCGCGUGGGCCUGCAGAUCCGCAACAACAUCAAGGACCUGGUGGGGCUGGAGCUGAGCCCGGCGCUCUACCCCAUGCUCUUCAACAAGCUCAAGAACAGCAUCGGCAGGUUCUUCGAGAUGCAGGGGCCGGUGGGUACCAGGAGCGUGAUGGCUGCCUUUGAAUUGAAGACAUUGGAAAUCCACAAAGAUCAGUCAUUUUGUUUGAAAUCCGAUUUCAAUUCAAUACAUUGUGUCCCUAUUAAUGACACCAACACUCAGUUUGUGGAGCAGACUAUCGCCAUCUUGAAGAACCUGCUGGACAGCCACACAGAGGGCAGCUCGGAGCACUUGGGCCUCGCCAGCAUAGAGACCAUGAUGCUCAACUUGGUCAGGUAUGUGCGGGUACUGGGGAAUGUGGUGCAUGCCAUCCAGAUCAAGACCAAGCUGUGCCAGCUGGUGGAGGUGAUGAUGGAGAGGAGGGACGACCUGUCCUUCUGCCAGGAGAUGAAGUUCAGGAACAAGAUGGUGGAGUACCUGACGGACUGGGUGAUGGGGACGUCCAAUCAAGCCGCAGACGAUGACAUCAAGUGUUUGACACGGGACCUGGACCAGGCCAGCAUGGAGGCGGUGGUGUCGCUGCUGGCAGGGCUACCGCUGCAGCCAGAGGAGGGCGACGGAGUGGAGCUGAUGGAGGCCAAGUCCCAGCUCUUUCUCAAAUACUUCACUCUCUUCAUGAACCUGUUGAACGACUGCAGUGAGGUGGAGGACGAGGGCCAGCAGGUGGCGGGGAGGAAGCGUGGCAUGUCUCGCCGCCUGGCAUCGCUGCGGCACUGCACCGUCCUGGCCAUGUCCAAUCUGCUCAAUGCAAAUGUGGACAGUGGUCUUAUGCACUCCAUCGGCCUGGGCUACCAUAAGGACUUACAGACACGUGCCACCUUCAUGGAGGUCCUGACCAAGAUCCUGCAGCAGGGCACGGAGUUUGACACUCUGGCGGAGACCGUUCUGGCUGACCGCUUUGAGCGGCUAGUGGAGCUCGUCACCAUGAUGGGGGACCAAGGGGAGCUGCCCAUCGCCAUGGCACUGGCCAAUGUGGUACCCUGCUCUCAGUGGGAUGAGUUGGCUCGGGUGCUGGUGACAUUAUUCGACUCGAGGCAUCUGCUGUACCAGCUGCUGUGGAACAUGUUCUCUAAAGAAGUGGAGCUGGCCGACUCCAUGCAGACACUCUUCAGGGGCAACAGCCUGGCCAGUAAAAUCAUGACCUUCUGUUUUAAGGUGUAUGGGGCAGCAUAUCUACAGAAACUUCUGGAGCCUCUUCUCAGAGGGGUGAUCACUACACCAGAGUGGCAGCAGAUUAGCUUUGAAGUGGACCCCACCAGACUAGAACCAAUGGAGAACCUAGAGGAGAACCAGAAGAACCUGCUGCAGAUCACAGACCGCUUCUUCCUAGCCAUCAUCAACUCCUCCAGCGAGUUUCCUCCCCAGCUGCGCAGUGUCUGCCACUGCCUCUAUCAGGUGGUGAGCCAGCGUUUCCCUCAGAACAGCAUUGGUGCGGUGGGUAGUGCCAUGUUCCUGCGCUUCAUCAACCCUGCCAUCGUGUCCCCGUACGAGGCCGGCAUCCUGGACAAGAAACCUCCCCCCAGGAUAGAACGGGGGCUCAAGCUUAUGUCGAAGAUAUUACAGAGCAUCGCCAACCAUGUCCUAUUCACUAAAGAGGAGCACAUGAGGCCUUUUAAUGACUUUGUGAAGAGCAACUUUGAUGCAGCUAGACGGUUCUUCCUGGACAUUGCCUCAGACUCACCCCCUAGUGACUCAAUCAAUCACAGCCUGUCUUUCAUUAGUGAUGGGAAUGUCCUUGCCUUGCACCGCCUCCUCUGGAACAAUCAGGAGCGAAUUGGCCAAUACCUUUCAAGCAGCAGAGAUCACAAAGCAGUUGGUCGGAGGCCCUUUGACAAAAUGGCGACACUCCUGGCCUACCUAGGCCCUCCAGAACACAAGCCUGUGGCUGAUACUCACUGGUCCAGCCUUAACCUCACUAGCUCCAAGUUUGAGGAGUUUAUGACCAGGCAUCAAGUUCAUGAAAAGGAGGAGUUCAAAGCCUUAAAGACCCUCAACAUUUUUUACCAAGCUGGGACCUCAAAGAGUGGGAACCCUGUGUUCUACUACGUGGCACGGAGGUUCAAAACGGGCCAGAUCAAUGGUGACCUCCUCAUCUACCACGUGCUGCUGACCCUCAAGCCCUACUACGCCAAGCCCUACGAGAUCGUCGUGGACCUGACCCACGUAGGCCCGAGCAACCGCUUCAAGACGGACUUCCUCUCCAAGUGGUUCGUGGUCUUCCCGAACUUUGCCUACGAGAACGUGGCGGCCGUGUUUGUGUACAACUGCAACACGUGGGUGCGCGAGUACACCAAGUACCAUGAGCGGCUGCUCACGGGCCUGAAGGGCAGCAAGAAGGUGGUGUUCAUCGACACGCCCGCGCGGCUGGCCGAGCACAUCGAGCCGGACCAACAGAAGCUGCCCGCCGCCACGCUCACCCUGGAGGAGGACCUCAAGGUGUUCCACAACGCACUCAAGCUGGCUCACAAGGACACCAAAGUGUCCAUCAAGGUGGGCUCCACGGCUGUCCAGGUGACCUCUGCGGAGCGGACCCGCGUCCUCGGUCAGUCGGUGUUCCUCAACGACAUCUACUACGCCUCGGAGGUGGAGGAGAUCUGCCUGGUGGACGAGAGCCAGUUCACGCUGACCAUCGCCAACCAGGGCACGCCGCUCACCUUCAUGCACCAGGAGUGCGAGGCCAUCGUGCAGUGCAUCAUCCACAUCCGCACGCGCUGGGAGCUCUCGCAGCCCGACUCCAUCCCGCAGCACACCAAGAUCCGGCCCAAGGACGUGCCGGGCACGCUGCUCAACAUCGCCCUGCUCAACCUGGGCAGCUCCGACCCCAGCCUCAGGUCGGCAGCCUACAACCUCCUGUGUGCCUUAACCUGCACCUUUAACCUGAAGAUCGAGGGCCAGCUGCUGGAGACGUCUGGCCUCUGCAUCCCGGCCAACAACACGCUCUUCAUCGUGUCCAUCAGCAAGACCCUGGCGGCCAACGAGCCCCACCUCACCCUGGAGUUCCUGGAGGAGUGCAUCUCUGGCUUCAGCAAGUCCAGUAUUGAGCUGAAGCAUCUGUGUCUGGAGUACAUGACCCCCUGGCUGCUGAAUCUGGUGCGCUUCUGCAAGCAUAACGACGAUGCCAAGCGCCAGCGGGUCACCGCCAUCCUGGACAAACUCAUCACCAUGACCAUCAACGAGAAGCAGAUGUACCCCUCCAUCCAGGCCAAGAUCUGGGGCAGUCUGGGACAGAUAACAGACCUGCUGGACGUGGUGCUGGACAGCUUCAUAAAGACCAGCGCCACCGGAGGCCUGGGCUCCAUCAAGGCCGAGGUGAUGGCCGACACCGCCGUGGCCCUGGCGUCUGGGAACGUGAAGCUGGUGUCCAGCAAGGUGAUCGGCCGCAUGUGUAAGAUCAUCGACAAGACGUGCCUGUCGCCGACGCCCACGCUGGAGCAGCACCUGAUGUGGGACGACAUCGCCAUCCUGGCGCGCUACAUGCUCAUGCUGUCCUUCAACAACUCUCUGGACGUGGCGGCGCACCUGCCCUACCUGUUCCACGUGGUCACGCUGCUGGUGGCCACCGGGCCGCUCUCGCUGCGCGCCUCCACCCACGGCCUGGUCAUCAACAUCAUCCACUCGCUCUGCACCUGCGCCCAGCUCUGCUUCAGCGAGGAGACGAAGCAGGUUCUUCGUCUUAGUCUGACAGAGUUCUCGCUGCCCAAGUUCUACCUGCUAUUCGGCAUCAGCAAGGUGAAAUCGGCGGCGGUCAUCGCUUUCCGCUCCAGUUACCGCGACCGGUCGUUCUCGCCGGGGUCGUACGAGCGCGAGACGUUCGCCCUGUCCUCGCUGGAGACGGUCACCGAGGCCCUGCUGGAGAUCAUGGAGGCCUGCAUGAGGGACAUCCCGGGCUGCAAGUGGCUGGAUCAGUGGACGGAGCUGGCCCAGAAGUUUGCGUUUCAGUAUAACCCAUCUCUGCAGCCGCGGGCCCUGGUGGUUUUUGGCUGCAUCAGUAAGCGUGUGACUCACGGCCAGAUCAAGCAGAUCAUCCGCAUCCUCAGCAAGGCCAGCCCCCUGCUCAGUAUCGACCGAGGUCUGGAGUGUUGUUUAAAGGGCUCUGAUAAUUACAACAGUCAGGUUCUCAUUGAGGCCACAGUCAUCGCUCUGACCAAACUGCAGCCCCUGCUGCCUAAGGACUCCCCCAUGCACAGGGCUCUGUUCUGGGUUGCGGUGGCCGUGCUGCAGCUGGAUGAGGUGAACCUGUACUCAGCAGGUACCGCACUGCUGGAGCAGAACCUGCACACCCUCGACAGCCUCCGGGUCUUCAACGAUAAGAGUCCUGAGGAAGUCUUCAUGGAGAUCCGCAAGCCCCUGGAGUGGCACUGCAAACAGAUGGAUCACUUUGUGGGCCUCAACUUCACCUCCAACUUCAACUUUGCUCUCGUGGGACACCUGCUGAAAGGCUACAGACACCCCUCGUCCAGCACGGUGGCGCGGACCGUGCGCAUCCUCCACACACUCCUGGGGCUGGUGGCCAAGCACAUGGGCUGUGACCGCUUUGAAGUCAACACCCAGAGUGUGGCCUAUCUAGCAGCUCUCCUCACCGUCUCAGAGGAAGUGCGCAGCCGAUGCAGUCUCAAGCACAGGAAGUCGCUGCUUAUCGCCGAUGUCACCAUGGAGAACGUUUCCAUGGAUACGUUCUCUGUGUACCACAGCGACUCCGGCUGCAGGACACUAAGGGAGAACCAACCCUGGACGUCUCCCAAAGUGACCGAGCGCUACCUGGCGGCUUACUACCCCACCGUCGGCCAGAUCAGCCCUCGGACACGCAAGUCCAUGAGCCUGGACAUGGGGCAGCCCUCACAGGCCAACACCAAGAAGCUACUAGGCACCAGGAAGAGCUUUGAUCACUUGAUAUCGGACUCAAAAGCACCAAAGAGGCCGGACAUGGAGUCCGGCAUGACCACUCCUCCAAAGAUGAGGAGAGUGGCUGAGAACGACUAUGAGAUAGAGACCCAAAGAAUAGCCAACUCCCACCUGCGCAAGGUGUCUGUGUCCGAGUCCAACGUGCUGCUGGAUGAGGAGGUGCUCCAAGACCCCAAAAUCCAGGCUCUCCUCGUCACUGUGCUGGCAACCUUGGUGAAGUACACCACAGAUGAGUUCCACCAGAGGAUUCUGUACGAGUACCUCGCCGAGGCCAGUGUGGUCUUCCCCAAAGUGUUCCCAGUUGUACACACGCUCCUGGACUCCAAGAUCAACAACCUGCUGUCCAUGUGCCAGGACCCCAACCUGCUGAACCCAGUGCAUGGCAUCGUGCAGAGCGUGGUGUACCACGAGGAGUCUCCCCCGCAGUACCAGCCCCUAUACCUACAGAGCUUCGGCUUCAACGGGCUCUGGAGGUUCGCUGGUCCCUUCACAAAGCAAACUCAGAUCCCCGACUACGCCGAGCUGGUGGUGAAGUUCCUGGACGCUCUGAUCGACACCUACCUGCCGGGCAUCGAGGAGGAGGCCAGUGAGGAGUCGCUGCGCACGCCCACGUCCCCGUACCCGCCGCCCCAGCAGAGUCAGCUCAGCAUCACCGCCAACCUCAACCUCUCCAACUCCAUGACCUCACUGGCCACCUCCCAGCACUCGCCAGGUAUCGAUAAGGAGAACGUGGAGCUGUCGCCCACCACAGGCCACGCCAACAGUGGCCGCACACGGCACGGCUCGGCAAGCCAAGUGCAGAAGCAGCGCAGUGCGGGCAGCUUCAAGAGGCCAAGCAUAAAGAAGAUCGUCUGAUGGCCAGAGAGCAGCCCUGGAGAUGGGCAGAGAGGGGAGGACAGGAGCGGGACGCCCCGGGCAGCCCCGCAGCUCACCCCACUCUUCCACUCAUCCCCAAGUGCUUCCUCUUUCUCUCCCUCUCUCUGCUCCAGUUUUUUAAGCAUCUCUCUGUUUUAAACUCUUGUCCUUUUUUUUACUAAGCUCCGUUGAAGUUCAGACUCUCAACCAUUCGUUCUUGGAUAUUGUUGGUGCAUUCACACAGCAGUGGACGGCUGAAUAUGGAGAGUUGCUCACAGGAGAUGACACUCUGCUAAAGUGUAGAGGCCUGUUUGAACCAACAGUUUUGUUAAACAAAACAAAGCAAAGCAAAGCCACAGGGGCUUGUGGGGGCACCUCAAUCAGGGCAGAGCUGGUGGGCCUCAAAUUGCACAUUCGUGUCCUGGUUCAACAGAUUGUGGCCUUUUGUGUUUUUCCCAUGGAGAACCGUCAACCCUUAGUUUUGGAAACAAAGGAUCUCCGCUCAAGUUCCCCUCUUGUUGUGAAUAUUCUGAAUUUACCUUACGGUCGCAGAACGUGAGCCGAUCUCUCACAGGCUGCCUUAUUCAGGCAACCACUCAAAGCGUUGGAUACAAAAAAGAAA